AAAUGAAACUCCAACUACUGCUUCUCUUCAUUCUGUGUUUCAUUCUCUCAGUUCAGUCAUCUCCGACACCACAAACUCCCCAUGCAAAACCACCCGACAACGCCACCAUCUACAAAAUCUCCAAGCAACUCUGCUGGGGCUGCAUCGGCGAGGCUCUCCAGUUCCUGUUCGCCCACAAUUUAGUCAGAGCCGCCAAGUGGGAGCUCCCUCUGAUGUGGGAUUUCGAGCUCGAGAAGUACGCGAGGUGGUGGGCGGGCCAAAGAAAAACCGAUUGCAAGCUGCAACACUCGUUCCCGGAAGACGAUUUCAAGCUAGGCGAGAACAUCUAUUGGGGCAGCGGCGCGACGUGGACGCCCAGCGACGCCGUUUCUGCAUGGGCUGCGGAAGAGAAAUAUUACACGUACGCCACCAACAGCUGCGAGGCGGGGCAAAUGUGCGGGCAUUAUACGCAAAUUGUGUGGAGUAACACGAGAAGAAUUGGGUGUGCUCGUGUUGUUUGCGACGAUGGGGAUGUGUUUAUGACUUGUAAUUAUGAUCCGCCGGGGAAUUAUAUUGGUGAGAGGCCGUAUUGAUUGUGGGUUAGGGAAGAUUAAUUUGAUUAUUGUAAAAUUCUUAAUUAGUGUCAAAUUGAGUGUGGGUUAAGGUACACUAAAAAUAUAGUGUGGCUGUGGAUUUAACAGUAGUCACAGUUAAUUAAUGUAUGAAUAUGAUUGUUUUUGGUGUGGUUAGAGUCAUAUUACUCUUAUAUUUUGUUAGCCAACUAUAUAUGAAGAAGAUAAGGAAGUUUAGAUAAAUCUUUAAUUUGCAUGUAUUC